AUGCCGCGUCUCUUCGCAACUGCAGGGGCCUUUGCGGCCUUGACUCCGUCGGGAGACAUCAUCUCUUGGGGUAACGCAGACAGUGGCGGUCUCAUCUCCCCAGCCCUUCGCUCCCGUUUGGGACAGGUGCGAGAAGUGUGUGCUGCAAAAUAUUCUUUUGCUGCUGUUACGCAGACAGGUGCUGUUAUAGCCUGGGGAAACAUGCGGUUGGGUGGCUGUACAAGUGUUCUGGAAGAUACGAAUAAUAGGACAAGUCCUAUAGAUGACUCUUUUUUGCAGAGGGAUAUCUUCAAUGUGUGCGCGACGUGGUACGCUUUUCUUGCAUUGAGCAAAGAUGGCAAGGUCUUCAGUUGGGGCUCUACCCACUUUGGAGCAGGCAACCGUGCGGUUGAGAGGUAUUUGCAGGAUAAGACUGUCAUUCGCACCCAGGCCGGUGUUGGCAUGUUCUGCGCAUUUCUCUCAGACAGCAAGGCCAUCCUGUGGCGUGAUGGUGGUAAGUAUGACGUUUUUGAACAAGUGGUCGAUGUGGCUCUUCAAUCCGGGCCCCACGCAAACCUCGCGAUUGUUCUCAAGGCCGAUGGUUCGGUAGAGACAAAUUGGGGGCAACGAAUCACCAACAACUUGCAGUAUGUGAGCAUCUUUGCUGGCACAUAUGCCUUCGCUGGAGCAUGCCUAGACGGCACAGGUACAACUUGGGGAGAAUCCGAUCUUGGAGGUGCUAGCACAUCCAUCGAAGCCGACCUUGGCAAUGUGAAGAGCUUUUGCAAUAGCUGGGGCGCAAUGGCUGCCAUCCGCGCGGACGACACUGUUUUUGCAUGGGGGUGCCCACGAUAUGGAGGGGAUGUGGCUGCAAUCAAAGGCCAACUUGUGGACGUUGCCACGCUUGUCUCCAACGAAGGCGCCGCUGGCUUCGUUGCUUUGAAGCGAGACGGCUCGGCUCUUGGGGCGAUGUGGAAGUUGACUGGCCCAGGCUCCAAAAGGUGA